AUGGAAUGGGUAGAAUUCCUGACCCUGUUCAAUGCCAAGUACUACAACCAUACGGUGAUAGAUCAAAAGGUGGUUGAGUUCGCCAACCUAGUCCAAGGGUCAUCUAGCAUACAGGAGUACGUGUGCAAAUUUGACCAACUCUCAAGAUUUGCUCCAGAUCUGGUACACACUGAAGCCAACCGGGUACACAAAUUCAUGAAGGGGUUGAAAAGAGAGAUAACUCAGUUCGUGGACAUUGGGAAGACCAUCCCGGGUACUUAUGAUGAAGCUGUGGCUCAAGCAAUUCGCCAAGAGUCAUGGCUAGUACGAGAGAAGAAAGUGCCCUACAGGGCUGAGGGACGAGCACAUGUCUCCAAUGAUCGGAGAAGGUACUCUAGUAACCAGAGCAAUCCUUCUGGAAGGCACUGCCCAACUCAUGGUCAGAAGGGAGGAAACGACCAACUAAAGCCAAUAGGAAAUGCACCUCGAGUUUAUGCACUCACCCAGGGUGAUAAAGGAACUGGGACUUUCGACAUGGUGUUAGGUCAGCUUCAUGUGGCUAAUAACUCAACAUAUGCAUUGAUGGACACUGGUUCAUCCCAUUCUUUUAUUACUGCAUCUUAUGUUGAUAAGAUAGAUAGGAAGCCUGAGCCUAUGGAAAAUGCUAGGAAAUUACUAGAUGAUGGAUGUAUCGGCUACUGGGAAAACAUAAUUGACAAGAAUAGAGAGUCUAAGCUACAACCAACUGAGGUAGCAGUGGUGUGCAAAUUUUGGGAAGUGUUUCCUAAGGAUCUUCCAGGGAUACCCCCAGAUCGGGAGGUUGAGUUUGAGAUCGAGUUAAUUCCAGGAAUCACUCCUAUUUCAAAGGCACUGUACUGGAUGGCACCGGUAGAGCUCAAAGAACUACAAGUGCAAUUACAAGACUACCUAGAUAAAAUAUUUAUACGAGCAAGUCAUUCUCCUUGGGGAGCCCCGGUACAAUUCGUGAAAAAGAAAGACGGCUCCAUGAGAAUGUGUAUAGACCACUACAAACUAAACAAAGUGACGAUCAAGAACCGAUACCCAUUGCCCAGAAUAGAUGAUCUAUUCGAACAACUAUAG